UUAAUGGAUAAUAAAAUGAUAAGUGUAGUCUGGGGAUGAGUCUGUAUGAUUUAUACACACUUGUAAAAAUGCCUGAUGUCUGAAGAACACAAUAUGUUUGGGAAAAUGUUAGCAGCUGACAUUUCUAGGACAGCCACAGGAAACAGCCGGUCUAAGUCUUAAUCAUAGACUGUAUAAUGGUCUUAAUAUUAUUGUCCAAUCAGCAGCCUGAAUAUCACUCUCCAACCAGUAGCCCCGCCCCCUUGCAGCGAUUUCAGUCAGAUUGAAAAUCGCCCCUGGCGCUCUCAUAGACUUACAUGUUGAGAUUCUUUUUUUCAAAUUUUGGACCCUACAAUGCAUUUCUAUGGGCUCAGGGAUGGCACGCCCCAAUGUGAUUUCGUCAUACGCACUGAUGCGUGCUCGUACCACUUGCACAACGCGCAAAAGCGUAGUGAGACAGCAAGAGCAACAUGGCUAGCAACAGCAACUCCAUUAUUUCAUUGAGGGAAGUGAUGAGUGAGUGUGUAAUUAAAUGGUUUCAGUUUCCAUUCUGAUUUUGAUCCUCCCAUCUCUGGUAGAGAAUAUAAAAGCCAUGCCGGGACCAUCUCCUCCAUCACACAACUUCUACAAUAUUUCCUACUGACUCAAGAUAAGUAUGGUUCAUGAAAGAGAUCAGAGAACAAAACUUGACCAGCUGGAAUGUGACUUCACCUGGGCUCUGAGAAAAGAUGACAUUGAUUUUAAUAGGCUGAAUGAAAAGCUCAAGUUGCAUGUUGAGAAAAAAGAAGAUCUCACACACACUUACAAUGCUUUAGCAUAUGUAAAGUUCCUUCAGGGGUUUCUAGAAGAGGCACUUAGCAAUCUCAUGACAUCAUUGAAGCUUUACAAAGAGUGCCAUGUAGAAGAAUUCCACAAAUCUCUCAUUGUCACCCAUGGAAACCUUGCCUGGAUAAACUACCACAUGAAGAACUAUACAGAGUGUGAAAGUUACCUGCAGAAAGUCCUGAAGAUAAAUGAAAACAUGUCAUCUGAGUCUUCGUCUGUUCCAGAGGUGCUUGGUGAGAAGGGAUGGACCUUUCGUAGAUUUUCUUACAAGUAUCAUGAAAAAUCCAAAGAAUGUUUCAAGAAGGCUUUAGAUCUGGAACCAGAAGUUGGUAAGUGGAACGCUGGUUAUGCCAUCGCUCUGUAUCGAACAGAAUAUGGAGAAUUCACUAUUGAGAAUUCACCAGUAAUCAAGCAACUGAGACGAGCCAUUGAAACAAAUCCUGAUGAUGAUAUUUUUAAGAUCUGUUUAGCUUUGCAACUUGGUAUAUACAAGAGCUAUGAAGAGGCUGAACGAUGGGUGGAAAAGGCUUUAGAAAGUUCUCCAGAUCACCCAGAUGUCUUGACAUAUGCUGGAAAAUUCUUUGGUAAGAAAGGAAAUGUGGACCGAGAUAUUGCUCUAAUGAGACACGCACUAGAACUGUCCCCUUAUUCAGCUCUUACACAUCAUCAGUUAGCUCUCUGCUAUAAAAAGAAGAAAAUCCAACUGCUGCAGAAGGGAAAUCAUCAUGUCAGAGGACCUGAGGUUCAACAGAUUCGUGAUAAGAUCAUCUACCAUUUAGAAAUGGCUACCACCCAUGCAACCGGCUUUUUCAAAGCUAUGAGUGAUCUAGCACUGCAUUACGGAGAACAACAUGAUGUUUCACGAGCCGAAGAGAUGUUUCAUAUGACGUUUGAGACAGCCAAAGAGAAAAAUGAUAAUCUGCAUGUUGUUCAUUUUGAUUACGCUGAAUUCCAGUUCCACUGCAAAAGAGAUGAAGUUUUAGCUAUCAAACACUACAUGGAAUGCCUGAAGAUGAACCCAGGUUCAUAUGAAGGGAAGAGAAGUGAAAACAACUUAAAAAGGAUUGCAGAGGAACGUAUAAAUAAAAACACACAGGUCGGAAAGGCUUAUGGGAUACUAGGGUUCAUUCACAAAGAGAAAGGAGAGAAGAGCCAAGCCAUUGAGUGCUAUGAGAAAGCUUUGAGUUAUGGAGAAAAUUAUGAGUAUCUUACCAAUCUUUGUACUCUCAGGCUGUCCAUAUAAAGUUAUGACAUUCUAUAUGUUUACAUAAUCAAUGCAUAGUAACAUAUCAUCAUUUAAAGCACUGUAUUUAUGAAAAAAUGUGAACAGACAUCAUUAGUAUUUACUACAGAAAUACAUUUUCAUUGUUAAGUCUCAGUUCUAUCAUGUCUUCAAGUUUUCUUCUGUUUGUCAAAAGUUAAAAUGUGCCUUUCAAAGUAUUUAAACAUCAUAAAUUGCAUUUAAAAGGCACUUAGAAAAAAAAACCCUGGUACACAAAAUAUAUACUGUCUAUCAAUUUAUUGUAAUCAAAAUAUUCAUCACUUAUGAUUGACAAAUAGAUCAAUGGAUAAAAAAAUACUGUAUGGGAAGUCUGGAGAUGAUAAUUGUGUUGAUUUCAGUUUAGUCCACUAAAGGGCAGUUUGGAAAGCACAGACGGUUUUACAGGACAAAACUGAUUGAUGCAAUGAGCUGUCCAGAUAAGUCAAGAUAAGUCGAGCCAUGUACGUUAACAGGACAUUACUGCACUCUGAAUUUCACCACCAACAACUGACAUUUCUUGGACAUUAUUGACUACAAUAGCAGGAACAAUUAUUAUAUACGUUUUGUUCUGUUGAACGCAAAAUUAGAUAUUUUUAAGAAUUUGGGAAUACAAACAGUUCUGGGGCUUUGACUACCAUGUUAUUUUUCGAUGAUGUAACAGAAAUGUUUCUAUUAUUAGUACUGUUUACUGUAUUGUCAUAAACAAUAUUUUACACACCUGCUCUAGCUUUUAAGAUAGCGAAACAAUAUAUUUUUAUUUUUUUACUUGGGCAUGUAAUCAGUGUUGGACAGUGGCUUUAUAGGCAGAAUGUAAUAAUAUUCUGAUUUUUUUUUUUUUAUUAUGUAAACAUGUUAAUAAAUAUUAUGUAUAUUAAUUUCGGAUAAGCGGUAGAAAAUGGAAUGGAAUGGAAAGUAUAUUAAUAAAAUAAUUACUCUUA